AUGGCUCUUGAUUACGUACGAACUCAUUACAUCAACGCGUUUGCGUCCGCCGCAUCAGUUGAGCCUAAUGGCAUGAACACGAUGCCACAAACCCUCUCUCCGCCGCCAUGUGACAAACCAUCCCCAAACUUGAACAACAUGCCUCUCGAAAUCCUCGAGCGUAUUAUGGCCCUCGCGAUCCCACGACACAUCUCCGUCACGUCCUCCCGAAUCUGCACCGCCGAAGAAACUAAGAACCCGCGUGACUGCACCUGGACCGAGGCAAUUGUCACUGACCUGCUUUCUAUCUGGAGGACAAUCCGCGAUAUCCACAAGCCCCCCAGGAAGCCCUACUACUACGUCUACAAUUGGACGUCACGAUGGCCUCUUGGUUUGCUGCGGGUCUGUAAGAGCGUUAGACCGGUCGCUGGCAGAAUCAUCUGUGCACGCGUUCAGUCUAGUCGCCAGGACAGCGGUGGAAUGGUCACUGGAUUCGGAAUCGCCAAAGAUGGACGAACAAUGUGGGAAAAGUUUCGGGAGAGGUUUGAGGGAAAGGAGGCAGAACGAAGAGUGAGUAAUGUUGAGUACAUGGUGGAUGUAGUUACGGGUGACAUUUAUAAGAUGGAGGAGAAUGGGGUUUGGGUAAGGGUUGAAGGGGACGACGAGACCAGUGAGGCGGAGUCGGAGUGA